GUAAAUUCAAAGAAGGACCUCCUCACCUGUUUCUGAUCUCGUCUUUGAGUCUCGACUUCCUCCGCAUUUUUAUUCCUCUUUUCUUCUGCUUUUCCAUUCGGUCCGACUCUUCCCGGGGUUCAGUUCUAGGGUUUCGCUCCCUCCGAUUCUGAAUCGCGAUCAGCUCCGCUGACCAAUCGCUUGCUGCGGAUGUUCGGAUUUCUGCUUCUUUUCGAAGUUUGAAUGUGCGUCUGAUUAUUUUUCCUUAAUCCAGAUUUUUCAUUGUCCGUCUAUUCUUUGGAUUAGUUUAACACACAAUUCAAUUAUGAUGACACGGGUGUGUUAUGCCUGAUUGCUGUCAAGAGAACGCAAAUUUUCUGUUUCACAGUCUCAAUAUAGAAUCUUCAAUUCUCCAGAAUAAUGUACUCAUACCAACUUUUGCAUGUGAUGGAACAUGGUUAGCCUCAGUGGUGUCUGGAAGAUUCUUUUGCUCCUGAAAUAGAAGAAAAAGGAGACCCCCCAGUUGCUGAUAUUUGCCGGUGGGGGAAUUUCAUCUUCAGCCAUGUCUUCGCUUCAAUUAUUGCAGUUAACUGAGCAUGGCCGGAGUCUUCUGGCUUCAAGGAGGAAAACUUUACUGGUUGCUGCUGGUGUCCUAGUUGCUGGUGGGACAGCUGCAUACAUGCAAUCACGAUUUAGCUGUAGAAGGCCCAAUUCUUUUGGUCAUCACAAUGGGAUCAGCAACGAGGGUGAAACACCAGACAAGGAGGUUGGAAAUAAUGAUAUUGUGAAGAAAAAUAAACAGAAGAAAGGUGGAUUAAGGUCCCUUCAAGUUCUUGCUGCUAUACUCCUAUCUCAAAUAGGCCGAUUGGGUCUUCGUGAUCUUCUAGCAUUGGUGGCUAUAGUGGUGUUCCGAACUGCUUUGAGUAAUAGAUUAGCAAAAGUGCAAGGAUUCCUAUUCCGAGCUGCUUUCCUUCGACGUGUGCCAACUUUUUUCCGGCUGAUUUUUGAAAACAUUAUAUUGUGUUUCCUUCAGUCAACCUUGCAUUCCACUUCAAAGUACAUUACAGGGACCUUAAGUCUGCGGUUCAGAAAAAUAUUGACGAAGCUUAUCCAUGCACAUUAUUUUGAGAAUAUGGCAUACUAUAAAAUAUCGCAUGUUGAUGGUCGCAUAACGAAUCCUGAACAACGAAUUGCGAGUGACAUACCAAGGUUCUGUUCAGAAUUGAGUGAUCUUGUACAGGAUGACUUAAUAGCAGUUACUGAUGGUCUGCUUUAUACUUGGCGCUUGUGCUCUUAUGCAAGUCCAAAAUAUGUUUUCUGGAUUUUGGCCUAUGUAACGGGAGCAGGGGCCAUGAUUAGGAACUUUUCUCCUGCAUUUGGGAAACUGAUGUCCAAAGAACAACAAUUGGAAGGUGAAUAUCGACAACUUCAUUCACGGUUAAGGACCCAUGCAGAAAGUAUAGCAUUUUAUGGUGGAGGAAAUAGAGAAGAAUCUCAUAUUCAGCAGAAGUUUAAGACUCUUAUUAGGCACAUGAGUGCUGUUCUUCAUGACCAUUGGUGGUUUGGCAUGAUCCAAGAUUUCUUAUUGAAGUACCUUGGCGCUACUUUUGCUGUUAUCCUGAUUAUUGAGCCCUUCUUUUCUGGAAAUCUGAGACCUGACUCUUCAACUCUAGGACGGGCAGAGAUGUUAAGUAAUCUAAGAUAUCAUACUAGUGUUAUAAUAUCACUAUUUCAGUCCCUGGGAACUCUUUCCAUAAGUUCAAGACGCCUUCAUCGUCUCAGUGGUUAUGCUGACCGCAUUCAUGAGUUAAUGGUCAUAUCAAGGGAACUAAGUACUGUUCAUGAUAAAUCUUUGCAAAGAAAUGGAAGUGGGAAUUAUGUCAGUGAAGCUAAUUAUAUAGAGUUUUCUAAUGUCAAGGUGGUUACCCCAACCAAUAAUGUAUUGGUGGAGGAUUUGACACUCAGGGUUGAGUCAGGAUCUAACCUUUUGAUUACAGGUCCUAAUGGUAGCGGCAAAAGUUCACUUUUCAGAGUCCUGGGAGGCCUCUGGCCACUUGUAUGUGGCCAUAUUGUGAAACCUGGGAUUGGUUCUGAUCUUAAUAAAGAGAUUUUCUACGUGCCGCAAAGACCAUACACUGCUGUAGGAACACUUCGGGAUCAGUUAAUUUAUCCCCUUACACAAGAUGAAGAGGUUGAACCACUCACACAUGGUGGAAUGGUUGAGCUGUUGAAAAAUGUUGACCUUGAGUAUCUAUUGGACCGUUACCCACCUGAGAAAGAAAUAAAUUGGGGUGAUGAACUCUCUCUGGGGGAGCAGCAAAGAUUGGGAAUGGCCAGACUGUUCUACCAUAAACCUAAAUUUGCUAUUCUGGAUGAGUGCACCAGUGCUGUGACAACUGAUAUGGAGGAACGUUUCUGUGCUAAAGUUCGAGCCAUGGGAACUUCAUGCAUUACAAUUUCACAUCGUCCUGCACUAGUUGCUUUUCAUGAUGUAGUUUUGUCCUUGGAUGGUGAAGGAGGCUGGAGUGUUCAUUAUAAGAGGGAUGAUUCUCCAGUCCUUACUGAAACCAAGACAAAUAUGACAAAGCCUUCUGAAAGUGAUCGCCAAAGUGAUGCAAUGGUAGUUCAACGAGCAUUUUCAACCACUAGGAAGGACUCUGCAUUCUCAAAUUCGAAGGCCCAAUCAUACAUUUCAGAGGUUAUGGCAGUGUCUCCCUCUGUGGAUUGCAAUGUUCCAUUGCCUGUAAUUCCACAGCUCCAAAGUGCUCCAAGGGUAUUGCCAUUGAGAGUGGCUUCCAUGUUCAGAAUACUGGUACCGACAGUGCUGGACAAACAAGGUGCACAACUGCUUGCAGUUGCUUUACUUGUUCUCUCAAGGACAUGGGUCUCAGAUCGUAUAGCAUCGUUAAAUGGGACCACUGUAAAGUAUGUUUUGGAGCAGGACAAGGAAUCCUUUAUUCGUUUAAUUGGUGUGAGUGUUCUUCAAAGUGCUGCAUCAUCGUUUAUUGCACCUUCAUUGAGGCACUUAACAGCAAGGUUAGCCCUUGGGUGGAGAAUUCGUUUGACUCAACAUUUACUCAAGAACUACUUGAGAAGGAAUGCAUUUUACAAGGUUUUCCACAAUUCAAGCAAAAAUAUUGAUGCAGAUCAGAGAAUAACUCAUGAUCUGGAGAAGUUAACUACUGAUUUAUCAGGGCUGGUAACUGGAAUGGUAAAGCCAACUGUUGACAUUCUGUGGUUCACCUGGAGAAUGAAGCUCUUGACCGGUCAAAGGGGUGUUGCGAUACUGUAUGCUUAUAUGUUACUGGGUCUUGGUUUCCUAAGAAGUGUGACUCCUGAUUUUGGUGAUUUGACAAGUCGAGAACAACAACUUGAGGGGACCUUUAGAUUCAUGCAUGCAAGAUUGCGUACCCAUGCUGAAUCUGUUGCGUUUUUUGGAGGUGGUGCUCGGGAAAAAGCGAUGGUUGAAUUAAGAUUCGGGGAACUUCUUGAUCACUCUAUGUUACUUCUGAAGAAGAAAUGGCUUUUUGGUAUCUUGGAUGAUUUUACCACUAAGCAGCUCCCUCAUAAUGUAACUUGGGGUUUAAGCUUGUUAUAUGCUGUGGAGCACAAGGGAGACCGGUCCUCGACAACAACGCAAGGUGAGCUGGCUCAUGCAUUGAGAUUCCUAGCAUCUGUUGUGUCUCAAAGCUUCUUAGCUUUUGGUGACAUUCUUGAAUUGCAUAGAAAAUUCCUUGAGCUCUCUGGUGGUAUCAAUCGUAUUUUUGAACUGGAAGAGCUUCUAGAUGCUGCUCAAUCUGAGGAUCCUGUGACCAAUACCUUAUCAUCAUCCAAGACCACAGAUCUUUAUAUCGAAGAUACCAUUUCCUUCUCUGAGGUGGACAUCAUUACCCCUGCACAGAAAUUGUUGGCUAGGCAGUUGACAUGUGACAUAGUACCCAGGAAAAGUCUGCUUGUUACUGGUCCCAAUGGGAGUGGGAAAAGCUCUAUCUUCAGGGUUCUUGGAGGUCUUUGGCCUAUUGCAAGUGGUACACUUGGUAAACCAAACCAACAAAUUGAUGAAAGGGCUGGAUCAGGCUGUGGUGUAUUCUAUGUUCCUCAGCGACCAUACACAUGCCUAGGAACGCUAAGGGAUCAGAUUAUAUAUCCUCUCUCUCAUGAGGAAGCAGAGAUGAGGGUGUUUAAUUUGAAUGGAAAAGGUAAAAAAUCUGUUGACACCACAAACAUUUUGGAUGAACAUUUGAAACAUAUUCUAGAGAAUGUCCGGUUAAUCUAUCUUUUGGAAAGGGAGGAAGGUGGCUGGGAUGCUAAUUUGAAUUGGGAAGACAUCCUUUCACUUGGAGAACAGCAGAGACUAGGCAUGGCACGCUUGUUCUUUCACAAGCCUAAAUUUGGCAUCCUUGAUGAGUGCACCAAUGCUACUAGUGUCGAUGUUGAGGAACAUCUUUAUAGGCUUGCAAAUGGAAUGGGCAUCACAGUUGUUACCUCCUCGCAGCGUCCUGCUUUGAUACCAUUUCAUUCUGUGGAACUACGGCUGAUUGAUGGUGAGGGUAAGUGGGAGCUUCGAUCAAUUAAGCAAUGAGUUGAAAAUGCCAGCCUGCAACUGAUUGUCUUCUGCUCCAUGUAAUUCUGUAUUAUUUCCUGCACAUGCUGGUGGAGGGAACGAUAUUAUUGACGUUCCUAUAGUAUGAAGUUGGUUAAUAUGAUCAUUUCCAGAAGGUGGAAGCUGUAGUAACUUUCCUCAAUGAUUAGGGGCCAAGAGGAGAAGUCACGAAAUCCAGUUCGGAUAAUAAAAUUGCAGCACACAGGCAUGUCAGUAAUCACCUGUAAUAUAAAGAAAUCCCUUUAUGUACAGGCAUUUUUUUUAGGUAUUUGAUAUCAGUUGGCCCAUCAUUUUUGUUGUACAAACUUUGAAGCCUAGUCAAUUUUAUAAGCCCCCAUGAAUAAAUGGCGGGGGUGGAAAAACAAGAAAUUGGGUAUUCUCUUUGUCUA